AUGUCGAAUUUCAUGCACAAAGUCAGAGAUGCCAUGAGUGGCCACAAGGGGUCCUCCCAUGACUCGUCUCAAGGAGAUAACAGGACGAGCGAUACCCGUGAUACGUACGGCUCUUCUAACACUAGCCAAGGAGACAAUUACGGCACUUCCAACACUGGCGGAGGAACUGGCAAUACCUAUGGUUCGAAUACCACAGGCGCUGAGAUGGGUUCUGGAAUGGGCACCGGAACUUCUGAUUCCAAGAUGGACAACAAGAUGGACACGAGCAACACCUACGGCUCGACUACAGGCUCAGGCAACUAUGGUGCCGGUGGUUACAACACCGGUCUUCAGGACACCAAGGGUCAGGCAGGCAUGGGACCUUCUACCAUGAACACUGGUGACUACAGCACUGGUUCCAACGCCUACGGGUCAUCGGGCACUGGAGACUACUCCGGCACCCAGGGACCUCGUGAGUCCAACAUGGCCAACAAGAUGGACCCUCGUGUCGACAGUUCCACCGGCCAGGGAGGCAUGUACACCUCCGACUAUGGCGGCAGCACCAACUCCCCGGCCUACAACACGCGCUCUGCCACCACCGGCUCUAACAUGGGCCAGAUGGAUUCAAAACAGCGCGACAUGGGUGGCUCGGCUGCCGGUGGUAGCAGCUACAACACGGGAAGAAGAAGAUCUUCUGGUCCCCAUAGCUCUAAUCUCCUCAACAAGCUUGAUCCCCGUGUGAAGAGCUCGGACUAUGAGACGGCUGGUAACCAGCGGGCAUCCUAG